GAACACAAGCGUCAGAAGAAGAAGAAGGAGUCACGUGACUUCCGCUCGAGGCCUCACACUGCGUGUGUUUGUGAGUAGAAGUCCAAACUUUGGGCUUAAAGCUGCACAUCGGUGUCGGUUCGGUGUCCCGCGAUGGCGUCUGGAUCACCGUGUGUGAACAGCAGAUGGGAUCGGCCUAAAGCAGACGUCCUGCCGAAUGAGUCCCGUGUGUCCCGUGGCUCCGUCUCAUCUCCCACAGAUGCGUCUGGAGCUCCGCAGGGCGGCGUGGAGAUGGCAGCGGCGAUGGCGGCCAAAAUCAACGCCAUGCUGAUGGCCAAAGGCAAACUGAAACCACUGCAGCCGCUGCCCAGUAAAGCGCCGCCAGCUCUUCCUGUCGCCGCUGAGGAGCUCAUCGUGGCUGAAGUCGACAUAAACGACGUGCACAUGGAGUGCAGGGAUCUCCUGACCAAAGGCAAAACUCAGGACAAGAUCGGGCAGCUGAGCGGUGCAGUGGUGUCCACUAAAGGCCUGUACAUGAGUGACACCGACAGGAGCGGCAGCGCAGGCGUGGCGAGACCGCUGUAUUUGCAUGUGCAGGGCCGCCGUCAGGAGCAGGUCAACAGUAAGUGCUGGAGUUCAGUCUCCGCUGCAGUCUUGCGGAGACAGAUUUGGUGCCCCUCGCAUCGCAGUCAAUUCCACCACCGAUCAUUCACACAGAAACUGCAUAGCUUUGACUUAAAACAAAUGACAUAAAACUAAUUACAUAUGAAAUAAAUAAGACAAUAAACUGACAUUAACUCAGCUAGCUAUUUAAAUUAGAGAACCAAUUUUUGGAUUUAUCGUCCAAAGGCAGCUACAAUACUAACAUUUAAAUCUUAAUUUCUUCAUUUCAGACAUUCUUAAAUUUAUGGGUUGCACUGAUCUUAACUUUUCAUAUCAGAAUCCUAUACUGAUUUUUAAUGUAUUUUAUUCAAGCAAAAGACAAGAAAGAAUAGUAGUUAGUUGCUUUAUUUGCCUAUAUUUUGAUCUAAAUUAGACUGUAUAAUUUCAAAACUUGAAGGAAAAACAGAAUGGUCUGACUUUAUCUUUGUGAAAUUAGGCUACACAAAACAUAGCAAACAGCAGAUGGGCUGAAUGAAAAUGCAAAUUCACUCUCUGCCAGCAGGUGGCGCUUAAGGAACAGCAGUGCUGCAUUGUUAGCUUGAUUACCGCUGUAAACACUAAAUGCAUUCCAGAGGCAAGAUGAAAGGAAAAUGCCAUCGAAACUGUUUCUUAAGACAGUCAGUUCCCCUCAGAGAUACAUUCAUACUUCACGCAUUGUGAACCGUGAGCUUGCUCUGGCUGCUAAUGUAUUUUCUGCUCUUUGCGUCUCUGGCCUCUGAACGCUGCUUACAGUUUCUGAAAUAAA